GUCUUGCUAAUUCCAAAAAAAUUUCAAAUUGAAAGCACAAAAAUAAAUAAACAAACAAUAGAAAACAUCUGAUUGAAUGUCGAUGAAUGAGAAGAAGAAGAGUUGCAAGUGAUUGCAAGAAGAAAUUUUUCCAGCAAGAAUUUGCAAACUCUCACUGAAAGAACUGUCAAAAUUUCUCUCUCCAACCGCUCUCUUUUGCAGAACUUUUGGGUUAACAGACGACUUCCAGUAACAGUUUGUAACAAUUGUUACAAAUUUUAGGGUAACCAGACACACCUAAUAUCGUCUGCUGAUUUUGAAAACUAUUUCACAACAAGACGAAUAAAAUGUCCUGCAACACGGUUUCCGUUAACAAACUUUUAAAAACAACCGACAUCGUAGCAGAUUCCAAACCCUACUUUUAUCUGCAAACAAAAUGGCUUGAGGAUCAAAUCAUGAUAAAAUUACAAGACUCACAAACGAAUCAGUGCUACACAGGAUCAGUGACUAUCGAACAGAUGAAGGAGGCUGCAAGUGAAUUAAAUAUACCCUACAAUGAGUAUUAUCAAGAGUGUCGUUUAGCACUUACGACGUAUAUUGCAUUACCAGGCUGUUCAUAUAAAUUAGAUGAAGAGGACAAUGCUUUUAAGGUAUGGAAAUCUGAACCGGGCUCCAUACCAAUGCUAUAUAUGGAGAUACCACUAAAAUCAAUGAGAAAUCAUUACGAUAUUUUGGACACAGCCGUGGAGGAACUUCAUAAUCAAAAUAAGGCACUAAGUGAACGAGUGGAAAAAGCGCAUAAAUUUGACGAGCACUCACGGGAACUGCUGGAUGACUAUCGUCUAUGCGUAGAGGAAAAAAAUAAUUUGGAAAGAAGACUUUUGAGGAAAGUGGCCGUCCUAUUAAAUACCAAAAAGCAAAAAAUCGCCGAGUUGGAAGAGCGUCUUAGUAAAUACGAGAAUGUGGAGGGCAGUAAAGGUCUCGAUGGCAAUGACGUGACUAUUGAUGAAGAUGAUGGGGAUAGUCACGUCAGUGGACCCGAGAUUUCCAGAAAGCGUAGAAAACAAAUUAUUGAAAGCGAAACAGAAGACGAAGAAGAAUACAAUGCAAAUACAGAGCCUCUUACAGUGCCAGAAUCAGUUAUGUAGAAGUACGGAUUAUAAUUUGCAAUAAUUUUAAUAAUAAAUGAUAUGAGUACCAUUUCCUAAGACAAAA